AUGUCCAUCCCCACAGUGAGACGAGCCUUUGGCUCGAUUCCGAAACAAAGAACGCUCCAAUCCAUUCGAGGGCUAUUACAAAUCCAGACUCUCGGUCUGUUACUCCGAAUCGCCAUCUCAUUCAUCCUUCUACCGCUGGAUAACGCCAUUCUUUUCGCUACGUGCCUUGUCGGCCAUUUUUCUGUUUUCCUCUCGCAUUCUAAUCCAGUCCAUCGCCGGCAGGCCGCGCGACGUGAUGUUCAUUUCUAUCCGAAAACCAUUUUCAUCACCGGCAUUGACACCCCUUACGGGCUGGCCUUGGCACGAUGUCUAUACUAUCACGGCCAUCGGGUGGUGGGCGCCGACAUCACAGAUCUCCCAUUCGCAUCGGGUGAAGGCAUGUCGAAAACACUAGCGACUUACUAUCGCAUCCCGAGGUCGCACUAUGUGUCCCGCCUACUCGACAUCAUCCAGAGGGAGAAAGCUGAUAUCUGGAUUCCUUGUUCGUCGCGGGCGAGCGUCCUGGAAGACGCAAUGGCCAAACAGGCAAUUGAAAGCCGAACUGCGUGUAAAUGUAUCCACCUGGACACGGAAUUAGUCAAUCAGUUUAGCGACACAGAAUCCUUCACGCAGUAUCUAGUCGAAAAGGAAUUGCCCGUGGUAGAAAACUACCAAGUGCAGUCGCGCGACUCUAUACACAAGAUCUUGCAUCGGUCGCCAAGCAAGGUCUACCAUAUGCGCCGACCAGAUCUUGCCGUGAGCGACAACAAAGUCGUCACCUUGCCGAAGAGGACCCUAAGCAUGACUUAUACGGAAGUCAGCGAGAUCCAAAUCUCAAAAGAUCGGCCAUGGGUAUUGCAGCAGCAAGCUCGGCUGGGGGAGUUCUUCGCCGAAUUGCUGCUCGUUAGUGGACAGGUUAAGGCUAUUAAGAUUCGUCCAGCGGACAAUCAACCUUGGGGCCAUUCCCGCCUAGAUGAGGGGCUUGCAUUGGCAAUUCACCGACUCAUGGACCGUUUCGCAUUUAAAGGGGGCCAUCGGAUGACCGGCCAUCUUUGCCUGCGGUUAAUGGUCGACGAAGAAUUCGAUGCUAACAAUGUGCGCUACGUAACUCAUAUUGCUGGCUGCACUCAAGGCACGACCGCUGUCAGGCAUCUUCUGGAAGAACCGUCGCCUUCAUUGAUUGAUGGAUACUUGGCGGUUCUCUCAUCACAGCCUGAUGAUACGUCCGUAGACCUGGACAGAAAACGAAUGCAGGCUAGAGCAAGCAUAUCGGCGGUCUCACGGAGCAAAUUCACCUUCUACAAGACGCUCAAGCAAUGUGAUGUCCGGAGAGUGCUCCCCUCUCUAUACCCGGUUGCCCAGCAACUCGACCAUUUAGUCAGUCAGGGAAGCGAUCUUUUGCUAUUCUGGAAGGACCCUCGAUUCACGGUCCUUGAUCCACUACCAUGGUGGUGGAAUGCACAUAUCUAUCAACCACUGAAAGGAUUGGAAGUGGUAUUGAGCAGGAGAGAUGUCAAGAGACUGUAG